AUGAGUAACGAACCCAUAUGCAAGAAAUCCAAGACCAUUGGUAUCAUAGGUUUGGGAGAUAUGGGGUUUCUCUACGCCCGUCGCUUCAGCCAAGCAGGAUGGAAAGUCAUUGGUUGCGACAGAGAAGACAGGUAUGAGGAAACAAAAGCAAAAUACAAAGACUAUGAGUUCGAAGUUCUUCCCAAUGGUCAUUAUGUGUCUCGGUUGGCCGACUAUAUUAUCUACAGCGUGGAAGCAGAAAAUAUCGAACUGAUAGUUGCAAAAUAUGGACCUUCUACAAAGUACGGUGCUGCUGUUGGAGGUCAAACAUCGUGCAAGGAGGUUGAAAUCCAGGCAUUCGAGAAGCAUCUUCCCAAAGAUAUCGAUAUCAUAUCUGUGCACUCACUUCAUGGACCCAAAGUGAAUACCACGGGCCAGCCAUUGGUGAUCAUUGAACACCGAGUUUCCAACAACGACAACAUUUCCUUUGUGGACUCGCUUAUGAGCUGCCUUGACUCCAAAAUGGUGUAUUUGUCGGCGAAGGAACAUGACAAAAUUACCGCUGAUACUCAGGCCGUUACCCAUGCUGCGUUCUUGUCGAUGGGAUCGGCUUGGAAAGAAAUCGACCAGUAUCCUUGGGAAACCCCCCGGUGGACGGGAGGUCUUGAAAAUGCCAAGAUUAACAUUUCGUUGAGAAUCUAUUCCAAUAAGUGGCACGUUUAUGCCGGCUUGGCUAUAACCAAUCCUUCUGCCCACGGUCAAGUAUUGCAAUAUGCUCAAUCCACGACAGAACUUUUCACCUUGAUGAUCCUGGGAAAGAAAGCUGAAUUGAGCGCUCGGUUGCACGCCGCCAAAGAUUAUGUGUUCAAGCAUAUAAUAGACCAUGAACUUCUCUUAAGUGAUGAUUUGCUCCAAAAGUUCUCAUUGAGUAAGGUACCUCCUGGCGGCCGGCAGCCCAAUUCCCAUUUGUCCUUGUUGGCCAUGGUGGAUAGUUGGUUCAAGCUCGGGAUUGUACCCUAUGACCAUAUUAUCUGCUCGACUCCAUUGUUCAGAAUAUUCUUGGGUGUUACUGAAUACUUGUUCUGUACCCCUGGACUCCUCGACGAGUGUAUCGAUGUUGCGGUAAAAGACUCCAUUUUCAGACACGACGACUUGGAAUUCACGGUUGCAGCUAGAAAAUGGUCGAGCAUAAUAUCGUUUGGAAACUUUGAUUUGUACCGAAGACAAUUUGAAGAAACGCAAAAAUUCUUCCAACCCAUGUUUUCGGAAGCCAACACCAUAGGAAACGAAAUGAUCAAAACCAUCCUUCAAAGAGUCCAGGAGCACGAGGUGAAGUAG